AUGUGCCUGGGAUUGUUGUUGGCUCUACUGGGAGAAGGGACAAUGGCAGGCAAGAUAACCUUUCUUCACCAGGAAGGAGACAUGAUGCUCACCUGUCCUCAGUCUCCUGAUGAGCAGCCCACCGAUUGGUUCACCAUCGAAUCCAACAAGGUCGCUUCUCUCAAUUGCAGCACCAGAGUGAGCGACCCACAGCGCCCAGUCCCCGACAACAGUCGGUGCAUGACCACUACCCGCCUUCCAGUGCCUUCUCAGAGCGGAGGGUUCUUUGCUUGCAAACGGAUUAAUUCCACCUCCCCGGUGCAAAUGCCGUUUUUCUCCCAUCUGUCCACGUGCAACGCGUUUGAUUUCUUCCUGGUGGUGAUACGCGACAGAAGUGCAGAGGCCAAGAUCUUCAAGAACCAGGUGCCCCAAUCAGAGCCAAUCUCAGUUAAAGAAGAUAGCACCGUGUCCCUCUGGUGUGAAUUUGAAAUGAUCAUCCCAGACAAGAUCCCUUUUGUCAUUUACUGGGUAAAAGAUUCACCGCCCAGCACGUGUCUGAAUUAUUUAGCCAUGGAUCAGUACGUUUUUGAUUUCAACCAGCACUGCUGCUUUGGAGAGGAGACAAAAAGCAGAUUCAAAUACAGGAACAUCUCAAGUCCAGAAGACCGUGCUCAGAAACACUGCCUCAUCCUCGCUAAUGUCACUGCCUCUGACAGUGGGUUGUACGUGUGUGUUGUUAGCAUCUUGUACUCGGGUAAAGUUGUCUGGAAAGUGGCUGGCAACACAACGCUGAUGGUGACUAGAGACUUGGAGAGCCAAGACACUGAGACAGGCUUCCAUAUGUGGUGGGUGGUUCCAGUUGCCAUGGCCGGCACAGCGGGGAUCCUGGCCAUGAUAGGACUGGUCUGGCACUUGCGGGCAAAAGGCCGCAAGCUCGAAGAAACGCCGUCCACCCCGCAGCCAAGGGGUGUCUCCGACACUGCCUCGGUGGAGGAGAUCACACCAUAUGCGGUCAGGUACAGGCCUUCCCUGACACCCAAGGAUGAACCUGUGUAUUCGUACGUGGCCAGACCAAAGGACAGAACACCUGCAGUUUAUUCCUUCAUCAGCGCCAGCCAAUACAUGGCCACGAAGCAGGAAGGAGAUUGGACCCAGACAGGCAACUGAACCAUCAGCAGGUUGGAGGCAGAGACGCGUUACCACUAACCAGAUUCUGCCCGGGGUGCCAGAGCGAUGGAGAAAGACCAAUGGGACUGACAGUGGAUUGACAGUGGAAUUGGAAAUUGGAUUGACAAUGGA